AUGCAUAGCCCAUGCUAUUCCCCGACUCUGCUAUCCAUCCAUGUCAUAUUCAGCAAGACUGUCAACCAGCGCCGUGACGACGUCUACGAUAGUCUUUUGGACCGCAACAGUCUGGCGCUAGGAGCCGUCGAAAGAAUCAACAUCGCUCACCGCGUCCUUGGCAAGCCCGAGAUCACCAUGCAAGAGGUCAAGGAGACCGCUUCGCACAGCGACGAGUACGUAAACGAGUACUGGCAGUCUUCAAUGAAGCAUGGCGAAUUCUGGACGGCCGACCAGCCCGCAGGCAAGCCAAAUUUCAUCGAGGGAGGUCAGUCGAACGGGUUUGGUUUCACGCAGAGCACCUACCACAAGCUCCACUGCCUCGCGAACCUGCAGAUGAUGCUCGCCUAG